CAAUCCAAACACGUUGCUUUGUUGUAACACCGAGUAAAUAGCAUGUAUGAGAAUCAAAAACAUUGUCUCAAUCUGAAAACCACAAAAUUAUAUUGCUGAGUACGAAAAAAUUUAAAAAUACACUUCAAGAGUUUAUAAUUUAAAUAGCUUUUUCACUGAAUACCUGAAUGUAACGCUCGUGACUUGAUGUAACUUAAAGGGCAUUUUACACGGAAAAAGGUUUAUUUAAUCAAAAAUAUAUUAUGCUGGGUGAGCUUGCAGGAUGCGCUCGUUACAAAGUAUAUAAACUUAACGUAGUUUUAUACGAUUAACAAACGUAACCGUGCCGUGCUCGUUCCGGGAUUCUACCGUCUAUAAUUUCUGUUCACAAUGGUUAGUGGUUCACCCGUUGUUGAGUAUUGUACAUUAUAUCUGCUAAGAUGACUUUGUUUUCAGACAAUGAUCUUUUGAUGAUUGCUUUGAUUUUGGACAAAGAUGAGGAAGAAGAUGUAGUAAAAAAAAAGCGUUUAUGGGUUCAUCAGGCAUUAAAGAAGAGGUCAACAGAAGGGGAAUUUUAUACUCUAUAUAAGGAUUUGAUGGAUGAUGGAACAAAGUUUUUUGAACACUUUAGAAUGUCGGAAAAUUCAUUCAACAUAAAAAAACAAGACACAUACUGGAGAAAAGCUAUUGCACCAAGAGAACGGCUUGCAGUUUGUUUGAGAUAUUUGGCCACGGGUGAUUCGCUUAAAACAAUUUCGUUUAGCUAUCGCAUGGGGGCAUGGUACAGUUUACAAGAUCGUUCGAGAAACCUGUCAAAUAAUUUCUGAAAAUCUUAUGGAUGAUUUGAUGCCAAACACCGACCGAAUAAAUGUGGAAGAACAUUACUAAUGAUUUUUUUCUUAUGUUGAAUUUUUCGGAAUGUAUAGGUGCUCUGGAUGGAAAACACGUUACUAUUCAAGCCCCUCCAAAUACAGGAACAACAUUUUUUAAUUAUAAAAAGGCAUUCUCUGUAGUUUUGUUGUCUCUUUUGAAUGCUCAUUGUAAUUGUAUUGCUGUUAAUGUAGGGGCAUACGGCAAGAGUAGUGAUGGAGGAGUGUUUGCGAAUUCAAAUUUAGGCAAAGUACUUUAUCGUGGGUCAUUGAAUAUUCCAGGUAAUUCUACCAUACCCAACACGGAUACACAAGUCCCAUAUCUUAUUGUAGGUGAUGAGACAUUUCCUCUAAAACCUUAUUUGAUGCGACCUUAUUCCGGGGACAAAUUUGAUGACCAGAAGUGCAACUUCAAUUACCGUUUGAAUCGUGCCAGGAGGACAUCAGAAAACACAUUCAGUAUACUUACACAAACAUUUAGACUCUACAAUAGACGAAUUCAGGCAUUUCCAAAACAUGUAGAUUACAUAAUUUUGACCACUUGUUUACUCCAUAAUUUCAUUAAAAAAUACGAUUCGUAUACUUACAAUUACGUAGGUAACUCAACAAGACGAUUUUAGAAGUAACGGUAAUACACUACAAAAUUUAAAUUUGCAAGGAGGGAACGCAAUGACAGACGCAUUUCGUGUUAGAGAAAUAUUUACAGAUUACUUUAAUUCGGAGAUUGGGUCUUUACCUUGGAUAUAAAAUACUUAAAUUUAAGAUAAUAUGAGAA